AAAUCGAGAGAGAGAGAGAGAGAGAGAGGAUUAAUCAAGUUCAGUGUAGCGAUGGCCAACAACGUUUUUGGCAACCCCAUCACCGAGGAAACUUUGAAGGUGAUGCCGGAGUAUCAAAUAAAAAGAUUAGACAAGGCACGAGUGGCAUUGAGCAUGAAAGAUGUCGACGAGAAGAGCACCAACGCUCGAACAUAUGUGGAGCAACUGAGGGAGAGGUAUGGCCCGCGAAUCUCCACACGCUGCCUUGUUUACAAUGCAACUGGGGACAUGAUAACAUUUCAUGCUAGCAAAGAUUGGUAUGGGCACAUUGAAGGGGCAGCACCAUACCCAACAGUGAUUUCAAAUGGUCAGUGGGGUGCGUUUCUGCACGUCCAAACGACUACACCAUUACCAUUGGCUGGAUCCAAUGCGGCUGUUGUGUAUCGAGGCCUGAAUAACGCCGGUAGCGAAUGCUACUGGUUGUUGUCUUGGGACAACCCAUUUAACAGGGCAGGGAACAAGGUCUAUACAGAGGUUCGCAAAGCUGGCGCCUUUGAUGCUGCUUGGGACGAUAUCUGUUCUGCCUUGGAGAGUUCUACUGGGACCACAGUGGGCAUAUCGAAUGGAUGCGUGUCAAGGAUGACAAUUGGCACCGACACUUCCCCAAUUGUUGAAGCAAUACUCACUUUAGAACAUGCCGAAGAACCAAAACCCACUACGGGACAUGCCUAAGUUUGUUAGAUAAUGCUUAGGUACACACUAGUGAGUAUUUAUAUACUCACUUUUCAGAUUUGGUCUAAUAAUAAGGCAACACAUGUUUUAUUGUUUUUAAAACAAGAAACAUGUGUCAUCUUUUAAUUGGACUAAACAAAAAAAUGAGUAUCUGUAGUCCUUACUAGUGAGUACCUACCUAAGUAUUUUCCCAGUUUGUUUGUGCGUAUGUAAUGCUUUAUUUUCUCAUAUGUGUGGGGGGCCUUUCAAUUAACCUGGGAUGCAUAAUAAAAUGGUGUCAGCCAAAUACUAUCCCAUGUUAAUGCUAUUACAAUAAUAGGCCUGUAGUUUGAAUUUGAAUCUUAUGCAUGAUACUAAGCUUAAUAUUGUAAUAUUUUAGAAUAACGGAAUGGAUUCCGAGUCUCUAUAUUUA